AUGUCAAGAAACGGACCGCUCUAUUCUCAAUUAUUCCAUCCAAUACUUAAUACUGAACUAAAUGAAUAUAUUAUGAUAUCGAAAAGGACGCUAACUGAUAAGUCAAAGCAUCACAAAGAUUCUUCUUAUCCGUUGAUUUGUCAUACACAAAUGUCAUCACUAUUUGAUCCACCCAAAAAUGCUAUUUAUAUCAUUCUUGGUGAAAUUCAAGCAUUGACAUCAUCGAAAAAGAAUAAUGUACGAUGGUCAACAAAUCAAUCCUAUGAAGAAUCUCCCGAGAUCAAUUCGUUUCAAAAAUUAAAAACAACUUUGAAUUCAAUUUCCGAUCUUCAUGAUAUUGAAUCCAUCACCUUCUUAACACCAUUUCUUGAUAUAAUUCGUUCGGAUGAAAUCUCCGGUCCUAUGACUUGUCUAGCAUUAAAUGCGGUGAAUAAAUUUCUUUCUUAUGGACUGAUUGAUACUCUCAGCGAAUCUGCUGCAUCAACCAUCGAUAAAGUUGCCAGCGCGGUUACGCAUACACGCUUUGUUGGAACAAAUCCAAACGAUGAUGAAGUUGUACUGAUGAGAAUUCUACAAGUUCUUCGCUCUCUGCUAUUGAGUCCAAUUGGAUCACAAAUGACCAAUGAUGCAGUUUGUGAAAUUCUACAAUCUUGUUUUCGAAUUUGUUUUGAAACAAGAUUGUCUGAAUUACUACGUAAAACAUCUGAACAUGUUUUAAUUGAUAUGGUUCAGUUGUUAUUUGCUCGAUUACCUCAAUUUAAAGAUGAUGCAACAUCGGCAUCCUCAACAAAGCUAGUCAAAGAUCUUUCAACAUCGUCAACUCCUAAACCGCCGACUACCUAUUCAUCCGAAGAUGUCGAUGAUGCUCGUCCAACUGCAAUUGAUAGUGCAACCAAUGCAAUACCAUCGACAAAUAUUCCAUCACCGACGAGCGAAAAUGAACCAGAAGCGUCUUCGGAAAAUAUUCCAACUAUCAUAAUUCCAUCGUUUGAUCAAACAACAUCAUUUGUCCAAACUGAACAACGAUCGCAAGAACCAGCAGCACAAACAUCAUCGCCUACGAAUGAAUUUAUUAAUCCGCGAGGAAUUCGAUUCACAACUGGAUCGCCAACAAGUGAACUUGUUAAUGAAACAGAACCAUUGACGCCGUAUGGUUGGCCUUGUGUUCGUGGCCUACUUCGUUUCCUUACGACACUUAUCAAUAAUUAUGAUAAAAAUAAUACAGAGUAUAUGAUGACCGUUGGCCUGAAUCUUCUAACUGUUGCCUUAGAAGUUGGUGCAGAUUAUCUUGCCAACUAUCCUUUGUUACUUUCAAUUGUGAACGACUCUCUUUGCCGUAAUUUGAUCAGUAUGUUGAAUUCUACUCGAAUUCAAUUAUUUUCUGCAUCGCUCCGUGUGUCAUUUCUUAUCUUUGAAAGUCUCCGCACACAUUUGAAGUACCAUUUUGAAUUUUUUAUCACACGUCUUAUGGAACUGGUCAUUUCUGAACAAUCAAAAAUCUCUUAUGAACAAAAAGAAAUUGCACUUGAGACAAUCGUUCAAUUACUGCGCAUUCCUGGCCUUCCAGCUGAAUUAUAUUUGAAUUAUGAUUGUGAUUUAUACAGUACAAAUCUGUUCGAAGAGUUAACUAAAAUGUUAUCGAAAAAUGCUUUCCCUGUUGCCGGUCUAACAUCGACACAUAUACUUUCACUCGAUGCACUUCUCUCUGUAAUUGAUCAUAUCGAACUUGAAUGUCAAUAUCAAGUGCAACGACAGAAAAAUGAUUCAACAAGUCAAACACUGACUCGUCCAGUGCCGUGUGGCUAUGCACUAGCGAUUUCCUUGCAAAAUCUUGAUAUGAAUCGAGCUUCUGUAUCAUCAGAAACGCGACAUGGUUCACGUCUUCGGCAAAAUCGUAUGGCAAUAUCUUCACACUUACCGUCACAGGAUGAUUUGAAAAAAAUGAAACAAGAUAAAAAGCUAUUACGACAAGGCUCAGAACUGUUCAAUCAAAGUGCUUCAUCAGGAAUUAAAUUUCUUCAAGAAAACAAUCUUCUAGCAAAUCCAUUGGAUACGCACGAAAUCGUGAAAUUUCUCAAAGACAAUCCAUUAUUAGACAAGAAAAUAAUUGGAGAAUAUUUAUCAAAUCGAAAAAACAUUCAUGCACUUGAACAAUAUGUCAAAACAUUCAACUUCGAAGAAAUGCGGAUCGACGAAGCACUUCGAAUUUAUCUUUCUGAAUUUCGUUUACCUGGUGAAGCACCUUUAAUCAGCACUCUACUCGAACAUUUUGCUGCACAUUGGAGAGAAUGUAACAAUCAACAAUUAGCGAACAACGAUGCAGCAUUUGGAUUAGCUUAUGCGUGUAUUAUGCUUAAUACUGAUCAACAUAAUACAAAUGUUCGUCGUCAGAGUUCUCCAAUGACAUGUGAAGAUUUCAAACGAAACUUAUCGAAAAUGAAUAACAAUGAAAAUUUCGAUGAUGGAAUGUUGACUGAAAUCUAUAAUGCAAUCAAGUCCGAUGAAAUUGUUAUGCCAGCGGAACACACUGGCCGUGUUCGUGAGUCUUAUCUCUGGAAAUUAAUGUUGAAACGGUCAGCAUCUAUUGGUGAUAAAUUUCUUCAUGUCCCAACAGGAUCCUAUAAUUACGAUAUAUUCACAUUAAUAUGGGGACAAACUAUGGCCGCGUUAUCGUUUGUUUUCGAGAAAUCACACUAUGAUCUUGUCAUUGAAAAAGCAAUACAAGGCUUCAAUAAAUGUGCAAGAAUUGCUGCACAUUAUUACAUGUCCGACGUCUUUGACAAUUUAGUCAUAUCAUUAUGUAAAUUCACAACUCUAUUGAAUAAUCGCGAGUGGAUUGAAAAUCUACCGAUUCAUUUCGGACUGAACCGUAAAGCACGUCUUGCUGCUACAGUCGUUUUCAAUAUCGCGCAUGUUCACGGCGAUAUUCUACGGGAAGGAUGGAAGAAUCUUUUGGAAUGCAUUGUUCAUUUAUACAAAGCCAAAUUAUUACCGUCGAGUCUUGUCGAAGUCGAGGACUUUCUCGAUCCAUCCGGACGAACCAAACUUAUCAAAGAGCAAAUUGUACAGGCUCCAAAAACUGAUAUCGGAAUAUUUUCCUCACUUGCCUUUUUCCUCGGUGGUGGUGGUUCAACUGACUCGAAUGUAUCGUCUGGCAAACAACCGACAUCCGAUGAACAAGAAGCAAUCAAAGUGGCAUCAGCUUGUAUCGAAGAAUGUCAUUUAGAACAAUUAUUACAAGAAACGAAAUUCUUAAUUAUUGAUUCGUUGAAUGAGUUAUUAAAGGCAUUGAUUUAUGCUUGUCAAACAUCCCCGGAAUCUGCUAAACUUGAUCAAGAUGCUGCGGUAUUCUCUCUUGAAUUACUUGUCAAAGUUGUACUACAAAAUCGCGAUCGUGUUACAGCUUUCUGGCCGACGAUUCGACAUCAAUUCUACUCAAUACUCAUUAAUGCGAAUGAAAAAUCCUUUUUUGUUGAACGUACUUGCAUUGGUCUACUCAGAAUUGCUGCCCGACUUUUACGUCGCGAAGAACUUGCAUCUGAAGUCAUGAACUCACUUCGAAUGUUUCUCGUAAUGAAACCACACGUUCUUCAUGCAUUAUCAACAGAAAUCGCCUAUGGUUUGCACGAACUUCUUCGUACAAAUGCGGCCAAUAUUCACAAAUCCGAAGAUUGGUUUAUUUUAUUUUCGUUAUUAGAAGUCGUUGGUGCAGCUGCACAUCCGUCACCUGUUCUUCAAUCACCCACACCAAAUCUACUCGCAAACAAACAUGUUCAUCACAGCCAUUCAAACAUCAAUGUCGAUUCCGACACUGAAUGUUCCGAUUGCACAUCGACAGAUAAAGGUUAUACAAGUGAUUCGGAAAUCUACCGUCGGUCGGAGUACAUUGUUGUCUCACACAAUGACUUCGAAUCCAAUCGACAACAAUUUCGACAUGAUCGUCGAGCAUUGAAUAAAUCGUGUGAAAUUCUCUCAUUUCUCAUCCUGGAUACCGCUGAUGUUACACAAGACAAUUUCGAGUACUGUAUACAUUGCAUUCGAACAUUCAUCGAAGUGACAAUUGUCCAACAAACGAAUAAAUCUAAAGGAAAUGCCAAUCGAAAUUUAAAACAAAUCCGCAAAGUCACCUCAUCAAAUUCCUUAUCCAAUGAAACUUUAAAUGAUCAAACCAGCAAUCAAAGCAAAUACUCCCGUUAUGAUAACGAUGACAACAACGAUGAUAUGCACGAGUCCAUGCAACAAGAGUAUCAAACACUUUCUUUGCAAUUGUUAAAUCUAAUGCAUACGUUACAUGUAAGAGCGUCUCAAAUUUAUAAACAAGUACCGCCUGAUCAGUCAGCUUCGAAUGUUUUAUGGUAUAAAUGUUGGUGCCCAAUUUUACAAGGUAUUGCACGUCUCUGCGGUGAUCCACGUCGAGCAGUUCGUGCGUCAGCUCUUGGUUAUCUUCAGCGUUGUGUUCUUCUACCUGAACUUCAUGUACUUUCCCCAGCUGAAUGGGAGUCCGUAUUUCAGAAAGUUUUAUUCCCGCUACUAUCGCAAUUAUUAGACACAACUAACAUUAACGAUCAAAUCUAUGGAAUCGAAGAAACGCGUGUGCGAGUGUCGCAAUUACUUUGUCGAAUAUUUCUUCAACAUUUGACACCAUUGUUAAACUUAACAACGUUCACAACCAUCUGGAUGACCAUCUUAGAUUUCAUGGAUAAAUAUUCCAAAAUAGACCAAACUGAUAUGUUGCGUGAAUCGAUUCGUGAAUCGUUAAAGAAUAUGCUAUUAGUUAUGAAUACAAGUGGCUUAUUCGAACCCGACCAACCGUUAACAGUAAUUACUAAAAACAGAAUUGAUAGUUUUCUACCAGGUCUUUGGGAAGAAGUUUUCAAGAUAUCUACACCAUCACCAACUAGUGAAACCACUAUGUCAUUUCCAGUGACUAGUGAAAUGAAUAUGCCAUUGAAUGAAUCUCCAGCAUUACCACCUUCGAAUGAAGCGACUACAACAACUACCGCCACUACCACCGAACCAACUACUGCAACGAAUACUCGAUUUCUACCAGCUCAAGUGCAGACUUUAUAA